UGUAUAUAUGAUUUGAGCGGAAAUUUUAUCAUAGAAAACAGCAUACGGUAUUACCUAUGUAGUUCAACACGACUACAUACGAGUGGGUAUUAAUUUAUUAGAAAAUAAUUUCAUUUAUUAGGCUAUAUUUGUGAGCAGUAUGUUGACACACAAGGUCCAAGAUAUUCAUCACACAAGCUCUCUUCCAUCUAUCCUGGACACUUACCUUUCUCCUGAAUCCUUUGAAAAGACAGCCUGCGUCAGCAAAGAAGUGACACAGAUGAGGAAGCUGAAAGUGGGAGGGGCCAAAGAGGCUGUUCUGCCCCCUGGAUUUGCUUUGGAUUCAGACAGAGUGGCUGAGGACAAACAGAAAUCUUUGCGCAAUCAGCGCCAUCUAGAGACAUAUCGCAACAUUCACCGUUUGAGGAAUAUCCUGUCUCGACACUACGCUGAGUUGUUGAAAGAGAAGGUCCAGAGACAACGACGUGGAAUAAAACAAAACAACUCAGCUACUCUGAAAACCACAGAAAAGCUCAAUGAACAGAAAAAGAGAUCAACUUCCCAGAAGCUCACUGGAUCAACCCUUCUCCACGAUGAUACAUGCCUGAGGUCGUUGCCUAAAACACGCCAUUACCUGGUCCUUGAGCUGAAAAGGCAUUUGGACCGAUGUGGGUGUCUGCAGGGUCCCAGGGAGCAAGAGGUGUUCAGGCACUGGGUGGAUCAGCACAAAACAACACAACUGGAGAAACAGCUUCAGCAACUAUUGCUUCGCAGUGACUCUGCUCCUAAGGUGAAGAUGGAGGACUUACUGAAGAGACCGCCAGCCCUGCCAAAGAUACAGGUUUCAGCAGAUGCCAAUUCUACCCAACAGGACCAUCAGAUUGCAGUCACAGAGGGAGGGGACGGAGGAGGAGGUAAACAGUCUGGUACUCGCAGCCUUCUUGCCUCACAGACCCAAACCCAGACGCAGGCCCAGACCCAGGACAAAGCUGAGCUAAGGCUUCCCAAGGUCUUCUCACAGGAGCUCCAAGUACCCAGGUUUUACACUUUACAACCCAGCUUUUUGGAGAAUUUCAGCACUGAUAUGCAUUUUUUGCAGCAGAGAUUUAAGGAGCUGCUCUGCAGAUCGAGGGCUGCAGUGGCCCCAACCCAGCACAAGAUGCAUCUCAUGUACGACAUCUCACUCUCGCACAUGGCCCAUGCUCGGAGAUUACUGGAUAUUAAUGGACUAAGCUCACAGUAUGAUAAAGGGUUCAGCACCAAAGACCUGAUGGAGCUAGUGUGUCCAAACAAAGUCUUAACUAAAGAGCCAAAGACUCCUGGUGAGUCCCCCCCACCACAGCCUUUGACAGAUGAGGCAACAACUGAGGACACACAACACCUUAAGGAGGAACUAAGCAGACCAGUUGACGGAGUGACCAGUUUUCAAGACUCUAACAGCUCCAAGCUAAGCAGCAGCAGAGCCUAUAACUCCUGGAACCCAGAGGAGCCGCUGUCCAUUGAGGACAUUUCUUCUUAUUGUGUUUCACAGAGUAAAAUUCUUGGCAACAAGACAUGGACCAAUUACAUAUAGCAAAAUACUGCCUAUGAUUUCACCACUACUGCUUUGACAAUGUUGUACUCAAAUAUGUUGUACUAAUGAUUUUUAUUCACUUUUCCCAAUUAGUUUUGCUAUAGUGGAGAAGCAUAAGUUAUAUCUACAGUGUGUCUUCUCACGGUUUAUUUUAUAUAAGCUCUUAUCAAUAUGAAAUUUCAAUCUAUCAGCAUUAAGUUACUUUUCAGACAGUGCGGCAUUAAUGUUACUUAUUUUAGUUUAUCAAUUACUUAGGACACUCCCACUUAGUUUCUAAACAGUUUCUCAGGAGUCUUGAGAGUAAUGUAGCUUAUGUAAAAAGAGAUAUCAACAUCGAUGAGGAUAAAUAAACAGAAAUGAAUUGAAAUAAUGUGCAUAUCCAUAUUUUUAAUAAGACUAUGUAGGCUGAUCACUAAUAGAUACAAACACACAUACAUACAUACAUAAUAGAUAGAUUCUUUGAUAAAUGUUUAGAGGCUAUAAAUCUUUAUUUAAAGGGGAAUGCUUUACUAGGCUCAAGAGUAUUCAACUGUACAGAGUGCCCCAACGUAUUGCGUUUACAGCUUUGUGCUGAGAUUCCCACAGGCUUCAAACUCUUAUCAUCAAUGGCUUUCAGUAUCGCUGAAACUGCUUAUAUCACAGUACUCUACACUGACCCUUUGCCCCAUUAAUUCUGUCGACCCUAUUUACCUUAGAAAUAAACUUUAUUUACAUGCUUGUUUGUUUUAAAUGUUGUAAUAAAAAUAUAAGUCUUUGACCCUAAAUGUAUUAUAAAGUCGAUUAACAAUUAUUAAAAUGAAAUAAAGUGGAUUACAAUUGAUUUAGUGCAAUAUUGUAUU